UUCAACCACUAUACUUUUCUUUUUCGUAAAAACCUAUUAUACAAUAAGAACUUUUUCUUAUAAUUAGGGGGAAGCAUAUCAAUUCAGCGCAUAUACUUGUUACCGGAUAUGCAAUGCUUCAGAAAGAGAAAGCGCAAAACAAAAAUUUGAAAACUCAAAAGAAAACUUGUUAAUAUUUCUUAAGAAUUCCGCUCAUGAAUUGCUUCAGAUCAUUUAACAGAACCUUCCUUAGGUUUAGACCUACUAGGAUACAGUCUUUUCUUCACCACCAGCAUCACUUUUCUAGCAAAAUGUCAUCAGAGCUGAAAUUUGUUUCCAAGUAUUUAAAUGCUUCUGUACAAGAGAGUGAACAAGCUCCUGUAAAUGCUUUAUUUAAAGCUGCAUCUGAGAAAAAGCCAGAGUUGUUAGGAUCUAACGAUUUUGAAAAAGCACAAGUCUUCGAAUGGACAACCAAGGCUUUUUCAUCUGCAAACUCUCAAGAAAUUUUGGAGUCACUCAAUGAAUCCUUAAUGAAUACCACUUUUAUCGCUCAAGAUGCUGGUAUUACGCUCGCUGACCUUGCCAUGUAUGUUCAUCUUCAUCCUGUCGUUUCUGAACUAUCCGCCAAAGAGGGCUACAAAUUGAAUAAUGUUGCUCGUUGGUUUGAUUUUAUCCAACAUCAGGAGGCUGUUAUGGAAACUGCCAAAGGUCUCGGUUUGGAGUUGGUUGCUUUGGAUUUGAACGCUCCUAAGAUUCAACGCCCUACUAUCGCUAAGAAGGACAAGAAGGAGAAGAAAGAGAGCAAGGGUGAAGAAAAGCAAAAUGGAAAGGGAGAGAAGGCUACUCAGAAGCCUUCUACUGCCGAGAUCGAGGCUGCUAAAAAGGAAAAGCAAAAGAAAAAAGAAAAGAGCGAUAAAAAGGAAAAGAAAGAUAAGCCUCCUAAAGAAGCUCCUAAGGUUGAGUUUCCUACUCCUUCUAUGAUUGAUCUUCGUGUUGGUUUCAUCGAAAAAGCCGUCAAGCACCCUAAUGCUGAUAGCUUGUAUGUUUCUACUAUUCACUGUGGUGAUGCCGAAGGUCCUCGUACUGUUUGCAGUGGUUUGGUCAAGUAUAUUCCUUUGGAACAAAUGCAACAGCGUAAGGUUGUUGUAGUUGCCAAUUUAAAGCCUGCCAAUAUGCGUAGUGUCAAGUCUCAAGCCAUGGUUCUUUGUGCUUCUUCUCCUGACAAAUCUGUUGUUGAGUUUGUGCUUCCACCUGAAGGGGCUGAGGCCGGUGAUCGUCUUGCCUUUGAGGGCUUUGACAAUACUGAACCUGAAUCCCAAUUGAAUCCCAAGCGUAAAAUCUGGGAAACUAUUCAACCUGGCUUCUCUAGUGGUGAAGAUUUACUUUGCGGUUUCAAGGAUGACCAAGGACUUCACAAGUUAUUUGUCAAAGGUAAGAAGGAGCUUGGUUUCUGCAAGGCUCAAACAGUGGUCAAUGGUAGUCUGAGUUAAAGAAACUAUUUUUCUUUUAGAUUAUAUUGAAAGGAACUAGAUUAUUUGGUUAUAAAUUUUGGCUUUCACCUUCUUGUUUAUAAUAAAAGAAAAUAUAGUCGCUGCAACGAACUGUAGCGUUUGCAUAAGGUCUUUUCAUUGUAAGCUAUUUCAUAGUCAAUCGACUUGUA